UCCUGGCCAUUGGAAUGGGCUUGGGAUCUGGAAUCCCGCCAGGCUGGUUGGCAGGUUUGUGUCGGCUCGUGUCAGCCUAUGCAUCCAAAUACGGUCCAGGAUACACCUAUGGGCGUACAUGUUUGGCCCAUCGGCCUGCUUCUGCCCCUCUCCUUAUCCUCGCCGUGGGGUUGCGCCGGCCACCUCUCGUCUGCUCAUGGCGCCGCCACACCCAACCUCCGCUCCAACGCUGCGCCUGUGAGGCGACGGCUGGAGCGCUUGUCCUCUUCCACUACGGCGGCCAAAGUGCCAAACCACCCGGAUCCGGUGUCAUCUUCCACUCCGGCGGCCAGAUCAGUUCGAGUUUGGGCAACACGAGAUCUUCCGAGGACGCGGUCCUCGUCCACGGAUCUGGCCGUGAGAAAUCAUUUUCUUCAUUGUUUCCGUCGAUGCUGUUAUUGAUAGCUAGCUUGGUUAUGUACAAGUUGUGCUGCUGCAGCUCAUGCCCCUGGCAACCAAGGAUCUUGCUGCGUGAAGAGCUUUUCCCUGUUCGUGUUGUUGCAGCACUUGUGUACAAGUGCUACUUCAUGUAGCCUCAAAUCGUGUAACUCUAUUUUUAUCAGGAUGUGAUGCCGAUGUGAACCAUGUACACCUAUCUAUCUUCUGAUUGCAUUAGAGGAGAUAAGUUGAUUGUCUAAUGUAAGGUGUGCCGCAUGUUUGGUCCUAACGAGUUUUAAAAGAAAUGUUUACAUUGUAAACAGUUUCAUUAUGCUCAAAA